CUCCAGUUACUUGCCUGAUGAGCUUCCUGAACCCUUGGAGGCAGCAAUGGUACGUAAUUACAGAGUACGUACGAAGUAUAACAUGUAUGACGCGGUCCAGGAGCUCGAAUUACCUUACCUAAGGUACCUCCCUACCUUACCGUAAACAAGCCUCCAAGAGCUAUCCUCGAACAUCAGGUGAUUCGAUUCCCUAGUCUCACGACUUAAAUGUGGCCCCAGCCCAGUCAGGCAGUUACGGAGUAAUAAUCAAGGAGUUGCGCUGUUACCUGCGCUGGACGCGACGACUUUGCAUUUUAACGAUUUCUUCACAAACCCUCCUGUACGGAAAAAGAAAGUCUCCUCAUUUCCCGACGUCGACUUCUCUUCGCCACUCCAGGAUCCAGAUCGCCCACUUCAGAGUACCACCAUGGUGAACCCUCUGGACGUGCAGGUUAUCCUGCAAACGAUGGCCGAUGCCGCUCCUACGCACCCGCCAGGCGACGCGACCUCAGAUAUCAGCAGCACCUACGAGCUUCUCGCCCUUCUCACACACGCCUGCAUGACCUCUCUCAAGUUCCGUCUGCUCGGUUUCGACGAGGAAAAGAGAAUAGAGCAAGAAAUCCAGACCCAUGCCCCACGACUGCCGCCCUCGUGGAACGCCGGCUUCGGCGCUCUCUCCUUCGUGUACGCGCACAAACAGACGUCCAUGACCGAUCUCAUCAACGUCACCCGCAUGGGGUCCAAGGCCGAGAUUCGCGGCCUCGCCAUCGGUCACGAUGUCAUCCACCGCCUCGAAGUCGUUCCUCGCGACUAUGUCAACCCGGCCAAGCUGCCCCUGCGCAUCACCCUUCGCGAAGAUGGCUCCGAAGACCGGUCCGACCUGCCCGACAAGCUCAAGGCUGCGUUUGUGUCCGAGGCUAAGAUGGCAGAGAUUAUCGAGCUGUUCAAAGUCAACAUCAUCCAAAAGCUCGUACCAAAACUGCAGAUGGAGGGUUACGAAGAGUCCCCCGAUGAGCAGGAAACGGGGGGGUUUGCAGAACGAGGGACGCGUGGACAAGCCGGCGACGAGCCGGGAAGACCGUUCCCCUACGACAGACCUCCCGAGCCGGGGCGACCGUACCCCCUCGUCGAUCCUUUUGCUCAACCACUACCACCGCCGCGACCUGUACCUGCCGGGGACUUCCCGCCUCCGGGUUUCGAGGACGAGUACGAGAUAAACCGCCCACCCAGGGGCCAUCCUCUGGCGGUUCCUGGACGGUCACCCUACAACAUUGGGCAUGAUGACCUGAACCCCCCUGGUCUGGGACCCCAUGACCCCUUGAGGCCGUCGUUCGUCGGUGGCGGAUUACCCCGUCCGGGUGGCAGUUCAGGGAUGCAUCCAACGUUUGACGAUCCGCUGUUUGGCGGACCGGGGGCGCAGAGCGAAUAUGAUCCUCAAGCACCUCCUGGGGCAAGAUGGGAUCCUGUCGGUCCUGGUGGAGGUAUUCCUCGUAGGGGAGGUGGAAGGGGAGGGUCCGGAAGGGGACAGAACCCAUUUGGUGGAGGAGCAUUCGGUGGUGGGUUUGGCGGUGAUAUCAUUUAGGAUGGACCUCGUGGAGGAAUAGCGCCUCGGUAUCUGCCACGCUGUGUAUGAGAUGUAUAAUGUGAUCAUGACUGCACCGGUUAAUGACAGUAUGAAUAACAUCAGGGUUUCCAGCUACGAAUUGUCUCCUCUUG